CGCCUUCCGCACCCCGUUCCCUCCCAGGCCCCCGCUGCGGUCCCCACGCCUCUACCCCUACCCCGUAACCCCGCCUCCGCAGCACCCCCGACCCUCCUCCCACCCCGUAACCCCACCCCCGCUGCGCUCCCCACGCCCCCCUCUCCCCCCCCCGCCCGGGUCCCCACCGCCCCGCGGCGGCCCCCUCCCCCUCCCUGGUCCCGCUGCCCCUUUGCGCCCCCCACCCCGGCUGGGCCCCGGGGCCUCUGAAGCCGGACUGCGGGGCCAGGCAUGCUCUCUCCCUCCCGGCCGCCUCCUUGCAGUUCCUUGAGCGUAAGUUCACCGUGACCCCGGCGUUCUUCCCUGGGUGCUUGCCCAAGAGAAAUGAAAACCUGGGUCCACACGGAGAAUCACGCACGGAUGUUCGUAGCAGCCCCAGACUGGAAACGACCCGAAUUUGAGACAGGAGUGCAUAAACCACAGGCGGCUGCGCCUACGGUGGCGCGGGGCUCAGCAAACAAGGGAGAAGCGCCUGCGAACACACACGCUGGACCUCGGAGGCGGUCGGCCCACUGGGCCACACUUCUCGCGAGCCCCGCUGGGUGAUUCCGUUUUUCCAGAGCUGCAGAAAAUGCUUCGCACAGCGUGGAGAGGCGGGGGGAGCCGAGGGGCGCGGUUGCGAGCCCCCCAGAGCUUCCCAAGGCCUCAGAAGCGCUGGGUUGUGCGGACGCGCUCAGGGUGCACACUUGGGUCUGAAGUGUCUCAGUCGUGUACCUGCAGUGUGUGCCACUUCAGUCGUAACGCGGUAUGAAGUUGGAGGACGCGGAGAGCAAACGGGAAAGAAACCCGGAAGGACCAAGAGAGGCCGCUCUUCCGUUCCGACCGAGUCACCAGCACUGGACGCGCCCUCCCCCGGGAAACAGCUGGAAAACUGGACAAAACGUGUGAAACUGUCUGUAGGUUGGGCACCCAGCGGCGCAGGACCGCGAUCUUGGCAAAACAGGAACAAACAAGGUCCUCCGAUUCCAGGGCCGGCCUGUGUCUGGGGAGGAGUGGGAGAAGGUCCCCCCAGGCUGAGACGGGGAAGCUGAAGGACUCCAUACAAAUCUGCUUUUUGCUCCUUUUCCUGCCUCCCUUCUUCUUUUUUUUUUUUCUCUUAACGUUUAUUUAUUUUUGAGAGACAGAGAGAGAGAGAGAGCACGAAUACGGAGGGAGCAGAGAGAGGGGAGACACAGAAUCCUAAGGUGUCAGCACAGAGCUUAAGGUGGGACUGGAACCUCCAGAACCUUGAGAUCAUGACCUCCGUUGAAGCCAGGCCUCUAACCAAUGGAGCCACCCAGGCGCCCCGCUGCUUCUGUUCUUGGUAGGGCCCGCACCCCACUCUACACAUGCCUCAGAAUGCAAACACUGUACAUCCUCCAUGUAAGCAACAAGGAGUUCAUGAUUUCUCUAGAACAGAGAAUGUCUAAGGAAGGACUGGGUGAGAAUGACCUGACGAAGUCAUUACAUGUGUAUUCCAGACAUCAAUGUCAGACCACCAAGUCAGACCUCCAAGCCAAGACCUCCAAGCCAGACCACCAAGCCAGACCUCCAUGCCAAGACUCCAUGCCACGACCACCAAGCCAUAUCUCCAUGCCAAGACCUCCAAGCCAGACCACCAAGCCAGAUCUCCAUGCCAAGACCACCAAGCUAUAUCUCCAUGCCAAGACCUCCAUGCCAAGACCUCCAAGCCAGACCUCCAAGCCAGACCUCCAAGCCAAACCUCCAGGCCAAGACUCCAUGCCAAGACCACCAAGCCAUAUCUCCAUGCCAAGACCUCCAUGCCAAGACCUCCAAGCCAGACCACCAAGCCAGACCUUCAUGCCAAGACCACCAAGCCAGACCUUCAUGCCAAGACCUCCAUGCCAAGACCACCAAACCAGACCACCAAGCCACAUCUCCAUGCCAAGACCUCCAUCCCAAGACCACCAAACCAGACCACCAAGCCACACCUCCAUGCCAAGACCUCCAUGCCAAGACCUCCAUGCCAAGACCUCCAUGCCAAGACCUCCAAGCCAGACCUCCAAGCCAGACCUCCAUGCCAAGACUCCAUGCCAAGACCACCAAGCCAUAUCUCCAUGCCAAGACCUCCAAGCCAGACCACCAAGCCAGACCUCCAUGCCAACACUCCAUGCCAAGACCACCAAGCCAGACCUCCAUGCCAAGACCUCCAUCCCAAGACCUCCAAGCCAGACCUCCAAGCCAGACCUUCAUGCCAAGACCACCAAGCCACACCUCCAAGCCAGACCACCAAGCCAGACCUUCAUGCUAAGACCUCCAUGCCAAGACCACCAAGCCAGACCUCCAUGUCAAGACAUCCAUGCCAAGACCUCCAUGCCAAGACCACCAAGCCAGACCUACAAACCACCAAGCCAGACCUCCAUGCCAAAACCACCAAGCCAGACCUUCAUGCCAGGACCUCGAUGCCAAGAACUCCACGCCAAGACCACCAAACCAGACCACCAAGCCAGACCUCCAUGCCAAGACCUCCAUGCCAAGACCUCCAAGCCAAGACCUCCAAGCCAGACCUCCAUGCCAAGACCUCCAAGCCAAGACCACCAAGCCAGAUCUCCAUGCCAAGACCUCAAUGCCAAGACCACCAAACCAGACCACCAAGCCAGAUCUCCAUGCUGAGACCUCCAUGCCGAGACCUCCAAGCCAAGACCUCCAUGCCAAGACCUCCAAGUUAG